AUGUUCGAUAAAAUCUCGCGAACGUGCGUGACCGCAUCCUGUCCGCUGUGCCCCUUCGCCCCGCGCGCACCUCCCGUGAGACAUGCGCGGACGCAUCGCGACAACGCUUCCGCCGCGCCCGCGGGUCCUGCUGACCGCAACGACAUGCAACGUUUUCCCUUCACUUUAUCCGUAUUAUGUUACAAUUUUGGUCAUUCAAACGACACAUUGCCCUUGGCACGGACAGAGCCACCCUGGGGUGGUGUUGGUAACGAGCACGCGAGAGACGCCAUCUUAAUGACCCGCGCCCACGCCAAUGUCCGACCGGCGACGACGCCGUUCCAAAUCACUAGCGAAAGUUAG